UCCUCUUCAAGUAUGGCGACACCUACACCAACAUCAGGCAGCUUCUCAGCUCUCCCACUCAAGCGCACAAAGAUAGUCCUCCUCGGCGACCAAAGCGUUGGGAAGACCUCGCUCAUAACCCGGUUCAUGUACGACACCUUUGACCAGACGUAUCAAGCGACUAUCGGGAUCGACUUUCUGAGUAAGACGAUGUACCUCGAGGACCGGACGGUCCGGUUGCAGCUAUGGGACACUGCUGGCCAGGAACGUUUCCGAUCACUUAUCCCCUCCUACAUCCGCGAUUCCUCAGUAGCAAUCGUCGUGUUCGACAUAACCAACCGCGCAUCCUUCCUCUCCACUACGAAAUGGAUCGAUGACGUCCGGUCAGAACGGGGGGGCGAUGUGAUUAUCGUUCUGGUGGGGAACAAAGCUGAUCUAUCGAAUGACCGACAAGUAACGCAAGAAGAAGCCCAACAGAAGUCCACCGAACUCGAUAUAAUCUACAUGGAGACAUCCGCAAAAGCUGGGCAUAACGUCAAGACGCUCUUCAAGAAGAUCGCCAUGCUCCUGCCCGGGAAUGAGAAGGAGGGAGAGCAGGCGAAAGAAGGGAACCAGAAGAUCGACGUGACCUCGCCAGCAAAGAACGAGACACCACAAGCCUCGAACUGUGCAUGCUGGUAACCUGCACGCUCUCGUUGUUUUCCUGGUCUCCCGAUACCUUACACCC